AUCGUUGAGUAAGUGUCGUUUUCCUUUAUGGUUGGCAAAUUACAACCAUUGGCACACGCUCGACUACUCCGUUACGUACAGUUUCCACCACAGAAAUUCCACAUUGAGGAUAACAAAUUCGUCGGGAUUGGAGAUGAAGGUGGUUUGCGCCCAAACCAGACACUCAACUCGAGACGAGACGUCCGUGAUGCUUCUGACACAUUAUACGAUGGGGUGUCAAAGCGGAUUUACGUGCAUGGUGUUUUAUCGGAGGGACACCAACGUGAUGGAGGUACAGGCAGGUGCGCAAACUAAAAGGAUGGAGGAUGCGUGCACUACUCCCUACUUUAAUAGAGCAACGAUUCCAUACAUCACUUUAGUCACAGCAACGCCAGAAUCGAGGGAGUGUCCGUACGUUGGAAAAUUCGCCGUACGUAGUUUAAUCAAAGGUGGACGGCGAACAAGAUCGUCGACCCACAAUCGUCAAGUCGAAAUGUAUCAUUUCCGACAAAACUACCACGUUGACAGGCAUUCCAAGACCUUUUAUGGAGAAGUUGACCAUAUAAUAAGAACGAAAAGAGUUGAUCGAUUUUCAGACUGUGAUAACGAAGGCUUUUCUAAUCUUAUUGUCGGUUGUAGCUCCGCCGAUAUUAUGGAAUUUCGUUCGGAAUGUCCUACUUCAGAUUUUAUUACUUCGUACUCCUGUCAUGGCGGAUGGGAAGAAAAUGGAACGCAUUAUUUAAUAGCAACUCCUAUAAGUAGAUCGCCACAUGGAGCGCACAGAUAUUGCUUCAUAUAUCGUGAAUACGAUCCUUAUUUAUUAUUAUUUUCAUCAUCGUCUGAUAAUUGCGAUCGUUCGCUGAAGCCUGGAGUUACUGGGGACCUGAUAUUUAACGCGACCAUUAUUGGAAAAUGCGUUGAUAUAAAUAGUAUGAGUGCGCGGAACCAAUUUCAUUGGACGAUGAAUAUUAUCCCAUUAUUAAAUUUAAUUAUAGCAGUCGUCUCCUACAUUCAAAGAUGAUUCAUGACGUAGAACAUUAGGGUAAAUAAUGAAAUCUAGGUGAAAAAUCCUUCAAAGAUGAGACUGUAUUUAGCUGUUCCUUAAUUGAAACUUUCUUUUGGUUGUGAACAGUGUUUAAACAAAAAGGUUUUUGAUAAAGCCGAAUUGGUUGUGUUGUAAAUUAAACUGAAUACAGCCCUGUCAGGAUUACUGUGAUUAAUACGAUAAAAAUCGAUUAUAUAGGUUUCUAUGUAAGCGUACACGAACUAGUAGGUAUAACAUUUCUAUAAAAUGAAGAUAAUAGCAAGUAACUUUUAAAUUUUCUUCUCUUCACGUCUAAUAAUCUUUUGCUUCCCGUAGUCAUUUCCAGUACUCUCUUCUAAAGAGAGCGUGACUGAUGUAAGUUAACAUAUUGUACGAAUAGGUAACUCAAAUUUCAAUGUUCCUUUAAUUUUUUAUGACGAAAUUACAUAUCAACGGAAUUUUGUUAACCAACAUCGGUCAUAUGUUUUUAUCCCCAAAUUAUGCCGUAUAUUAUAACACAUGGCACGUCCAGAAACUAAGAAUUAAUUUCCACCCUGCUCCAAAAGCUUAGUUUGUGGAAAUGCUUCUGUGAUUAGUUUUAAUGUACUUAUCCCAAAUAGCAUUUUAUUCAUAAAGAAAAUGCUUGCAAUAAAUGAUGUAUUUUUACACUAUUAACACAGCUCAUCUAAAAAGCAGUGAUAUUUUUGGUAACUUGAAGCAAUAUUAGAAUUCUGUUAAUUUUAGUAAUCACUGUUUUUAAAAUAUCUUACAAUUGUUUGCAUGUUUACGUUAAAAAAGCAAUAAAAAUAACGUAGUAAAAUAUGCCGAUACACAAUUUUAUUUACACAAACGAGCGUAACUAUUUUUGUGUGUCUAUUUCUUGAUUGAUAACUUUUACGCAAUCUUCUUCUCAUUACAAUAAAAUUGCUCUUGGUCCGCGAAAAACAACUAACACAUUGCGUAAACGUUAUUGGGAUGGCCGAAGCCAAAAAAAAGACAAGUUGUGCGAAAUGCAAUCAUUGUAAAAUGUAUAUAUGUAUUUUAUCGAGGACUAGUGGUGUAGAUUAGAAUACUAAAAUUAUUUAGAAUAAAUCCAAACAAUUCUACAUCGUAUUUGUAGAAAAGUAGACUGUUUUUAAAGGCAAAGUAUUUAAAAAAGUUUGGAAGAUCGGUGCCUUGGAUGUUUUGUUUAAGAAAUAAACACAAAAGAUGUUAAAAAUGAACAAAUGCAAAUUGUUGUAAUAAAUAUCUGUACAUUUAAGAAAUAAAAAUAUAAAAUUCUA